AUGCUCAUAUCUAUACAAUUCACUCUACAUUCACCAGAUACAAAACUCCAGACUAUCCUCAUAUCUGUACAAUUCACUCUACAUUCACCAGAUACAAAGCUCCAGACUAUCCUCAUAUCUAUACAAUUCACUCUACAUUCACCAGAUGCAAAACUCCAGACUAUCCUCAUAUCUAUACAAUUCACUCUGUAUUCACCAGAUACAAAACUCCAGACUAUCCUCAUAGCUAUACAAUUCACUCUACAUUCACCAGAUGCAAAACUCCAGACUAUCCUCAUAUCUAUACAAUUCACUCUACAUUCACCUGAUACAAAGCUCCAGACUAUCCUCAUAUCUAUACAAUUCACUCUACAUUCACCAGAUGCAAAGCUCCAGACUAUCCUCAUAUCUGUACAAUUCACUCUACAUUCACCAGAUACAAAGCUCCAGACUAUCCUCAUAUCUAUACAAUUCACUCUACAUUCACCAAAUGCAAAACUCCAGACUAUCCUCAUAUCUAUACAAUUCACUCUGUAUUCACCAGAUACAAAACUCCAGACUAUCAUAGCUAUACAAUUCACUCUACAUUCACCAGAUGCAAAACUCCAGACUAUCCUCAUAUCUAUACAAUUCACUCUACAUUCACCUGAUACAAAGCUCCAGACUAUCCUCAUAUCUAUACAAUUCACUCUACAUUCACCAGAUGCAAAGCUCCAGACUAUCCUCAUAUCUAUACAAUUCACUAUACAAUUCACUCUACAUUCACCAGAUACAAAACUCCAGACUAUCCUCAUAUCUAUACAAUUCACUCUACAUUCACCAGAUUCAAAACCCCAUCUGUAUCCUCAUAUCUAUACAAUUCACUCUACAUUCACCAGAUGCAAAACUCCAGACUAUCCUCAUAUCUAUACAAUUCACUAUACAAUUCACUCUACAUUCACCAGAUACAAAACUCCAGACUAUCCUCAUAUCUAUACAAUUCACUAUACAAUUCACUCUACAUUCACCAGAUACAAAACUCCAGACUAUCCUCAUAUCUAUACAAUUCACUCUACAUUCACCAGAUACAAAACCCCAUCUGUAUCCUCAUAUCUAUACAAUUCACUCUACAUUCACCAGAUGCAAAACUCCAGACUAUCCUCAUAUCUAUACAAUUCACUCUACAUUCACCAGAUACAAAACUCCAGAUAUAUCUUCAUAUCUAUACUAUUCACUCUGUAUUCACCAGAUACAAAACUCCAGAUAUAUCUUCAUAUCUAUACUAUUCACUCUGUAUUCACCAGAUGCAACAAAAACCUCCAGAUCAGUGUAGAUACAGGUGACACAUAG